AGCGCGCGCCGCGGCCCCGCCCCAUCUCCGUCCAUCCUGCAGACUCCAGACCCGGCGGCCAGCACUGGCGGCCUCAUCCAAGCAAGGAGCUGGAAAUAUAAUGGUGAACAAAACAGUUGGUUCCUCCUCUCACAGAACUUAAAGUUAAGGGAGGAAGAUAAAACCAAACAAGCAAGUAACAAAGACCUGUUUGAGAUGUGGUGGUUUCAGCAAGGCCUCAGUUUCCUUCCUUCAGCACUUGUAAUUUGGACCGCCGCUGCUUUCAUAUUUUCAUACAUUACCGCCAUAACCCUCCACCAUGUUGACCCUGCUUUGCCUUAUAUCAGUGACACUGGUACAGUAGCUCCAGAAAAAUGCUUGUUUGGGGCAAUGUUAAAUUUCGCCGCAGUUUUAUGCGUUGCUACCAUUUAUGUUCGUUAUAAGCAAGUUCAUGCUCUGAAUCCUGAAAGGAAUUGUAUCAUCAGAUUAAACAAGGCUGGCCUUGUACUUGGAUUGCUGAGUUGUUUAGGACUUUCUCUUGUGGCAAACUUCCAGAAAACAACCUUUUUUGUUGUACACGUAUGUGGAGCUGUGCUCACCUUUGGUAUGGGCUCAUUAUACAUGUUUGUCCAGACCAUCCUUUCCUACCAAAUGCAGCCCAAAAUUCAUGGCAAACAAGUCUUCUGGAUCAGACUACUGGUGGUUAUCUGGUGUGGAGUAAGUGCAUUUAGCAUGCUGACUUGCUCAUCACUUUUGUACAGUGGCAGUUUCGGCACUGAUAUAGUACAGAAACUCCAUUGGAACCCCAAGGACAAAGGUUAUGUGCUUCACAUGAUCACUACUGCAGCAGAAUGGUCUAUGUCAUUUUCCUUCUUUGGCUUUUUCCUGACUUAUAUCCGUGAUUUUCAGAAAAUUUCUUUACGGGUGGAAACCAAUUUACACGGAUUAACCCUCUAUGACACUUCUCCUUGCCCUAUUAACAAUGAACGAACACGGCUACUUACCAGAGAUUUAUGAUGAAAGGAUAAAUAUUUCUGUGAUGAUUAUUUGUCUCAGGGAUUGGGAAAAUAUUCAUAAAAGUUACUUAUUCUCCGAAAUUUUUAACCAGUUAAUCAAGGCUGACAGUGACAUUGAUGGAUACCAAUAAUCAGUAGACAUGAAUUAAGCCAUUUGAUAAGUUAUUUUAAAGGAUAUCUUCAAGAGGACCAUGCAAAACCAUUAUGCCUAUACUUCUUUUUAUCCCAGAAAAUAAAACCAAAGGACUAUGACGCUGUA